AUGGAGCAAAAAUCUGGUAUGAAUUGGUUCAAGGAUGGUGAUAGAAACACAAAAUAUUUCCAUACUCAAGUGAAUGGUAGAAGGAAGAGGCUGCAGCUGAAAAGAGUGCAGAAUAAUGCAGGAAACUGGUUCGAAACUACUGCAGAUAUGGCUGAUGAGGCAGUCAGGUUCUAUCAAGCUCAAUUCCAUGAGGACUCAGUUCCUACAGCAUUUGGUAUAUUGGAACAUGUCCCUUCUAUGGUGGAUAGUUUUCAGAAUUCAGAACUGGUACAACAACCUACUAGGGAGGAGGUCAAAUAUGCAAUUUUUGGCCUAAAUGGUGAAAGUGCAGGAGGGCCAGAUGGUUUUACAGGUUGCUUCUUUCAAACAUGUUGGGAUAUAAUUGGAGAUGAUAUAGCAGAGAUGGUGAAGGCCUUUUUUAAUGGACAUGAGCUGCCCAGAGAAAUACAUGAGAGCUUAGUAGGUUUGCUACCUAAAUUAAUAGCAGAUGAGCAGGCAGGCUUUGUAAAAGGGAGGAGUAUAGUAGAAAACAUCUUGUUAACUCAAGAGAUAAUCACAGAUAUUCGUUUGAGAACUAAAGCAGGACCAAAUGUUGUCAUUAAACUGGACAUGACAAAGGCCUAUGAUCGAUUGUCCUGGUUGUUUUUGACAAAGGUUUUGAGGAAGAUGGGAUUUGGUGAAAGAUUUAUAGGGUUGGUGUAUGGCAUAGUAUCAAACAACUGGUACUCUGUGCUUCUGAAUGGGCAGCCUCAUGGAUAUUUUAGAUCAACAAGAGGUGUGAAACAAUGUGAUCCUUUGUCACCUACUCUUAUCAUCCUUGCAGCUGAAGCAAUGUCUAGAGGACUGAAUUCUUUACAUAAGAAUCUGUAUUUUUGUGGAUUUGGGAUGCCCAAGUGGAGUCCAAAAAUAAAUCAUCUUGCUUAUGCAGAUGAUACAAUUAUAUUUUCCUCAUCAGAUGCCAUUUCAUUGCAGCUUAUAAUGAAUGUAUUUUCAGCUUAUGAAGCAGCUUCUGGCCAGCUCAUAAACAAGAGUAAAUCAGCUGUGUAUUUGCAUCAUUCUGCUAGUGAUGAAGUAGUGGACAAGGUUCAAAGCAUUACUGGUAUUCCUAGGCAAGAGUUUUCUUUCACAUACUUAGGCUGUCCAAUCUUCUACCUUAGAAGAAAAAUGGAUUACUACCAAGGGCUCAUAACAAAGGUGAUGGAUAAACUGCAGAACUGGAAAGGGAAGCUACUAUCUAUUGGUGGAAGAGCUGUACUUAUAUCACAUGUGCUACAGAGCAUGCCCAUCCACUUCCUAUCAGCAGUGAAUCCUCCUGCAAAUGUGAUUAACAGGCUGCAUAAAUUUUUUGCACAGUUUUUUGGUGUAACUCUAUUGGGGUUGCAAGUAGACAUUGGGCUUCUUGGAGUACCCUAUGCUUACCAUGUGAAGAGGGGGGUGUUGGCUUCAGAUCAUUACAUGAUAUGUCCACAACUUUGUUUUGCAAGUUGUGGUGGAAUUUCAGAACAAAGUCUAUGGAGUGCAUUUAUGAGUCAAAAAUACUGUAAGAAAAUCAAUCCAAUGGUGGUGCCUUGGAGAUAUGGAUCACAUGUUUGGAGAAAGAUGCUGGAGUGCAGGGAAAUUAUUGAACAUCAGAUCCUUUGGCAACCUAAAAUGGGGUCUACUUUAUUUUGGUUUGAGAACUGGACAGGGUUGGGUGCUUUGUACUUUGUCACACCACCAGAUUUUGUGUGUGAUGAAUCAGUACAUAAUAUUUGUGAUGUGGUGUAUGAGGGACAAUGGGAUGAAGAUAAGAUUAGAGAAAUUUUAUCAGAGGACCUUGCUACACAUAUUCUGGAAAACAUUCAACCACCUGUGUCAAAUGAGAAUUUAGAUAAACCUGUGUGGAUGCUAGAAAAUAGGGGUGAGUUCUCUGUUAAAUCAGCCUGGGAAUACCUAAGAAGAAGGCAAGAAUCAUGCAGUGCAUACAGGAAUAAUUGGGUCAAAGGACUACCUUCUAAGAUUGCUUUUUUCAUGUGGAAGAUAUCUACUACCAUUCAGUCCCUCAUCAAGCUAAGGAAGCCAGGAAUAAAAAAUAUUCCCUCUAGAUGGCCAGAUAUGUUUAAGAUGAUGGAGGAUUACACUCCUACUCUGAAGUAUACAAACGUGUUGUGGGAACUGCCAAGACAAGGCUGGAUCAAAGUUAAUACUGAUGGAGCAGCUAGAGGCAAUCCAGGAAGGAGUUCUAUUGGUUUUGUUUUGAGGAGUGAAGAUGGAGAUGUGGUCUAUGCAUGUGGAAAGGAAAUACCUGAAGGUUCAAAUACAGUUGCAGAAGCACAAGCCAUAUAUGAAGCCCUAAAGUUCUGUUUGGACAAUGACUAUGUACUAAUCGACUUACAUACUGACUCAAUGAUCCUAAAGAAUGUAAUGACUGGAGAGUGGAGGCCUCCUUGGACUAUAGGGGUAAUUGUAGAGGAGAUUAGAGGGAUGAUGAGUAGAGUACGUAUAACAGUGACACACACUCUUAGAGAAGGCAAUAGUUUAGCUGAUCAUAUGGCAAAUUAUGCACUGGAUGUUGGGCCGGUAGAGUGUCAUUGUUUUGAAGAUCUUGAUGCACAAGGAAGAAGACUGGUGAAUAGUGAUAAAAUGCAAUGUCCAUACAUUAGAGUUACAGUUGCAAGGAAUUAG